AUGCGCAAGCAUGCCUUCACAGUGUAUGGCGGCUUUGAGUCAGAUCAGCCAAGAGGAUUAGAGGAGCCAGUUCAAGGAGCGUGCACCUCCAAACCCUUGCCCCGCCUGCCGACGGCGCCCUUGGACACACAGCUCGUAUUUUCUCAGAACCCCCAUUCUAGAAGUCCGUCAUGCCCGUCCCAUCCAUUUGCGCUCUCAAAUUCUUCGCGCACGAGUCUGAUGAUCUCUCCCAUGUCGAGCUGGCACUUUGGGGUGCCUGACACACCGGAGGAGUGUUCCGAUCUGUUGGGAGAUUGGUUCGAGAGAGAGGAAAAGAAGGUCUUCCUUCAGCAGAGACCUUUGAGAGAGCUGCCCAUUGAAGACGACUCUUCGAACAGUAGGCUCACGACCCCUCCGAAGCCCAUUCACCUACCCCCUACUCCGCCGUCCGCCAAGAAAGCAAAGCGUCGUUCCCCCACAGAGUCUCGGUCCUCACUGAGCUCUUCUAUCGGCUCCAUAAUAGCCAGCACGCGCGAUCGCCCGCCGACGCUGAUGAACCCCUUGGCCAUUGGAGGGUGGGGGCGUGAAUGGGAAAGAGGCUUCAACCACAGAAAAUUCAGAGAGUCAGCAGGGAGCGUGACCGAGGAGGAUGACAGCGAGGCGACCACCAGUUCAGAGAGCUCGGCGGCGAGCCCAGCCCCGAGCUCACUCUUGGAGCGCCGCAUGAGUGAAAGCUUGUCGUUGGCGUCACUAGGCUUCUCCCCGGUCCCUUUGCCCCAUCCUUUCAGCCAAAGGCGCACGCGCCCACGGCGUCCUCCCACUCCUUACGAGAGGGAGAAGGAGCCCGGCAAGAGGUUGGAUGAAUCCUGGUUGGAUUUUUCGGAGGACGGAGAAGAUGCGAGAGUCUGGGAGGAUGACGAGGCGACUGUCAAGGCAGGAUCCAGUAGGUGGAGCGCGAUUCUAUCCGAGACUGAUCAGAUCAGCACACCUUCAGAGACGGACAGUCGUCCGACCGAAGCCUCCCAGAUCCGAGAUGCGUAUCUUGCAAGUACUUUUUGCCGUAUAGUGGUUGAGCUAAUGUCCACAUAG